UCCGAUAAAUUCAUCCCUUCAUUAAACGUAAACACAGCGAUAAGAAACAUCAUAUGUGUAUUGUACUGGCGUCUGGGUUUGCGCACAUAACGGGAGUUCUGUCGUGUACUUGCUAACUUGCUGUCCGGACAGUUGGACCUGUGUAACCUACGAAAAAGCAGCUACGCUUACUUGCUUAAACAAUUUACCGACCCAACCGAGCAAUGGUUCAGGAAAACAAGGAAAACCAAUCCGUCCUCGUUAAAGGAUACCUUGCACUGUACAAUACGGCUCAAUUUGCAGGCUGGACGUACAUUUUCGUGCAAUUUAUUCAGCACUUCGCCGUAUACGGCGAAUCCCUGGACACGCUGUGGAGCCGCGUGGGGCAAGCGACAUUCUUCUUUCAAAUGCUAGCAAUACUUGAGGUGGUCCAUGCCAUGGUCGGUAUCGUCCCAAGCAACGUAGCGAUGACGUUCCUGCAGGUGUUCGGACGCUGCAUGAUCGUUGCGGGGGCUAUCGAAGGCACACCGACAGGUCAGAAAUCCCCAGGACUUCCACUAGCGCUGUUCUGCUGGAGUUUGACCGAAAUCAUUCGGUACAGCUACUAUGUGGCUCACUUGCUGCUUCCAGCCGUACCGUCGCUGCUCGUAUGGCUGCGGUACACGAUCUUCAUCCCGAUGUAUCCGUGUGGCUUUCUGGGAGAGCUGCUGUGCAGCUACUGGGCCCAAAGCUACGUCCGCGAUACGGGAAAAUGGAGUGUGGAAUUGCCGAAUCGGUUCAAUUUUAGCUUCUCCUUUUACUACUUCAUUUGGAUUAUGGCCGUCUGCUAUAUGCCCCUCUUUCCGCAGAUGUACCUGCACAUGUUUGCCCAGCGGCGCAAGGUUUUCGGGCGAGGAACGCAGACCCGGCAGAAGCUGACAAAAGCCAACUAAUUCACGACGGUUACGAUCUCGAUUAAUCAUAGCCAUUUGAGUAGCAUUUCCUUUAGAAGAUAUUUAUUUUUUAUUUUUGUUCGUUCAACCCGACCCGCGCCCAACAUUGCACACGCACUUAAAGUCGAUUAAGCUAUCACCACGAUGGAAUGAAUGUGUAAAACUAAACCUUAAACAAUAAACGAAUGUACCGUUUAAAUCAAA